AUGUACUACUAUGGUGAGACCUGGGUCAUGUUCAUCCACUUUAACCUCUGUGGGCCAGAGAGUAGUAAGCCAUAUGCAGUCCAGGAGCUCAAAGCAGUUGCAGGUGUGAUGAUCACUGCAUCUCACAACCGUAAGGAAGACAACGGGUACAAGGUUUAUUGGGAAACUGGUGCUCAAAUCACAUCUCCUCAUGAUAAAGAGAUUCUGAAAUGUAUAGAAGAAUGUGUGGAAUCCUGGAAUGGUUCAUGGAAUGAUAAUUUAGUGGACACCAGUCCACUGAAGAAAGAUCCACUGCAGGACAUUUGCAGGAAAUACAUGGAAGAUCUGAAAAAGAUCUGUUUUUACAGGGAAUUAAACUCAAAGACCACCUUAAAAUUUGUGCAUACAUCCUUUCAUGGAGUUGGACAUGACUAUGUGCAGUUGGCUUUUCAAGUGUUUGGUUUUAAGCCUCCAAUUCCAGUCCCAGAACAAAAAGAUCCUAAUCCAGACUUUUCUACUGUUAAAUGCCCAAACCCUGAAGAAGGAGAAUCUGUGCUGGAACUUUCUCUGAGACUAGCAGAGAAAGAAAAUGCCCGGAUUGUGCUAGCCACAGAUCCUGAUGCAGAUCGACUGGCAGUGGCAGAACUUCAGGAGAAUGAUUGUUGGAAAGUUUUCACAGGCAAUGAGUUGGCUGCUUUGUUUGGAUGGUGGAUGUUUGAUUGCUGGAGGAAGAAUAGAUCAAGAAACGCUGAUGUGAAGAAUGUUUAUAUGUUAGCCACUACUGUCUCUUCUAAAAUUUUGAAGGCAAUUGCACUUAAAGAAGGAUUUCAUUUUGAAGAAACAUUACCAGGCUUUAAAUGGAUUGGAAGCAGGAUAAAAGACCUCCUGGAAAAGGGAAAAGAAGUCCUUUUUGCAUUUGAAGAGUCUAUUGGUUUUCUGUGUGGAACCUCAGUUUUGGAUAAAGAUGGGGUGAGUGCGGCUGUUGUCAUUGCUGAGAUGGCCUCUUACCUGGAAACCAGUAAUGUAACAUUGAAGGAGCAACUAAGUAAAGUUUAUGAAAAAUAUGGUUAUCACAUGUCAAAAACUUCCUAUUUCUUGUGUUAUGAUCCACCUACCAUUAAAAAUAUAUUUGAAAGGCUUCGCAAUUUUGAGUCUCCAAAAGAAUAUCCAAAAUUUUGUGGGAAAUUUGCAAUAUUGCAUAUACGGGAUGUUACCACUGGAUAUGACAGCAGCCAGCCUAAUAAGCAAUCAGUACUGCCUGUGAGUAAAAACAGUCAAAUGAUUACAUUUACCUUUCAAAAUGGCUGUGUUGCUACUCUUCGGACAAGUGGGACAGAACCAAAGAUAAAGUAUUAUGCGGAGAUGUGUGCAUCUCUCACCUGUGUGCAUUUCUCACCUGGCCAGAGUGACACUGCCUUACUGGAAGAAGAAUUGAAGAAUCUCAUUGAAGCUCUGAUAGAGAAUUUUCUCGAGCCCAGUAAGAACGGACUGACUUGGCGGUCUGUGUAGGGCCACAUUAGCGUGCUAUGACUUUGCACCGGCAUAAGGAACAGUGUCCAAGAACUCCAUGCAUUGAACCUGUGUUAGAAUUCUUUCUCUCUCUCUCUCUUCUGGCUAAGUAUCUUUUUCCUUUU